AUAUGGGUUUGAAAGCUUUAUGUAUUCAAUAUGAAUGAAGUUAAUUUGUCUCCACACACUGGAGUCAUUUACAGUAUUAUCGGUCGAAGAAUCCAGUCUCGUUCAUCAGAUUCAGAUCUACGCGAGAAGCUGUCAGACUAGAACUGGCUGAAUUUUCAUUUUUGACAGGUGAUGGGGGCAGACAGUGGUCCGGGAGCUCCUGCAGCCGUCCCGUGGCGUAAAGUCCUGUAUGAACGCCAGGCUUUCCCGGACAAUUAUGUGGACGGACGCUUUCUGGAGGAGCUGCGGCUCAACAUCCGGGUGCGUCAGUACCGUUACUGGGCGGUGGUGCGUGAGACGGGGCUCAUCGCGCAGCAGGUGUCCUGUGUGGCCGUCUUCCUCACGUUAUGGUCUUAUAUGGAGCGGGGUGCGCUGGUGCCGUCUGCAGUGCUCUGGGUCUGUCUGACCUUUGCUCUGCUGGGAUACGGACUCUAUGAGAUCCUGGGAGGCUCUUGUGUUCGGGAGCGAACGCGCCUGGCGGACCUGCAGAGCGCGACCAUCUUCCUGGCGUUUACUUUUGGGUUUUCACCAGUUUUAAAGACUCUAACCGAGUCAGUCAGUACAGAUACUGUGCAGGCCAUGUCAGCCGUGAUGCUCCUGGCUCACUUGGUGUCCUUCCCGUAUGCUCAGCCCAGCCCACCGUGCAGUCUUUCUCUCAACGCGGCUCUUUUCGGGUCGGUGUGUCUGGCGUCCCGGCUGCCUGGUGCCCUUCACACCUUCACCAUGCUGAGCUGUGCCCUCCUGGUGUUCGCUCUGUGGCCCUGUCUGCUGCACCGCAUGCGGGAGAAGGCGGAGUGGAGCUUCCCGUGGGCGGCUGUGCUGGUGUGUCUGGCUGGAGUCGGGGGUCUGGGGAGCUUGUGGCCCGAGGGGGCUCUUCUCCUCUCGCUGGCUCUGAUAACAUUAACUUUAGUCUGUCCACUGUUGCUGGUCCACCUGCAGAGGCACAAGGACAACAUCCACGGCCCUUGGGACGAGGCAGAGAUUAGAGAGGACCUGUCCCGCUUCUUGAAUUGAAAAGGCAGGGGUUUAAGACCAUUUUAAAUGAUGCUUCUGAUAGACUCCCUUUGGACGGAUGAUUUUGAGAGUCUUUUGCACUUUCCUUAAAGGGGGGGUGGGGUAAGAUGUACCUUUAAGCUCAGGGAGGAAUUACUGGGAAACUUCAUUUAAUUUUGGCAGUAUAAAAUAAAACUAUAUUAUUAAAUGUGUGAGCCUAAAGAAAAGAUGUCUAGGUCACAUUUAACAAAUUAAAAAUAAAGGAAGGUUUUUACUUUUGGUUAAUAAAAUUAACCCCUAAAAAAAUAUAUUUUUUUAAUUCAAAUAAUUCCAUUUAGAUUUUUGGGGUAUGAUCAAGACAUGUUUUGUGAUUUUAAAAUAAUUUAUAUGGAAGUAGGGAGUUCUUUUUAACAGUAUUUAUAUAUAAAUUUGCAUAUUCUGGAAUUGCUUGAUUAAAAGUUUAAAUGGUUUUAAUUGGUUUUAAUAAUCCUAAUAUUUUAACAUACUGUAUUUGAAAUAAAUGUUUCUAACUGUGUUUAUGUGUGUAUAUAUAUAUAUAUAUAUAUAUAUAUAUAUAUAUAUAUAUAUAUAUAUAUAUAUAUAUAUAUACACACGCAAACACAUGCUCAUGAAAAUUUUUAUUUUAUAUAUAAUAUAAAAAAUAUAAUAUAAAUAUAUGCAUGAAAAUACUUGUAAAUAUUUUCUAAAUAUAUCAAAAUACAUAUAUUGUUUAAACAAAAACAUUUAUUUUCGAUGUGAUUAAUUUGCGAUUUAAUGAUUGACAGUUUAUAUAUAUAGGCCUAACUUUAAAAAAAAAAUUCCCAGUUGCAGAAUUUCUAUAAAUUCUUGUUAGAAGCCCUUUUUUAUUUCAAUGGAGAUGACAGAAAAUUCACCCGGGUUGAAACAGUUCUGGACAAGCUGUUGCCCACAAGAUGUCAGUCAGUCCCAGGUAUUUCUGCAGCUUUAACUGUUGUUCAUAAUAGAACGGCAUGGCAGCAGGACGUUUCUGCCAGUGUUCAACUGAUAAAAUAUAAUAAGCCUUUGUUGGCUUUUCUGUAGUAUCAUUUAUAACUAACAUCUUAAAUAAACAGUCUGUGUGACACUGCAAUAAAGUUGCCAAAUUAAAACAUUCUGUGCAAAGAGAGAGUCUUGUAAAUUGAAUAGUUUUUUAUAAAUUAAUGAAGUUAUGUUUGGCAAAAUAUUAAUAAAAAUAAAAUAAAAAUUG